AUGACAUUUUCAUAUUUGACCCCAUUAUGCUUUUCAUACAGUAUCUAUCUAUCUAUCUAUCUAUCUAUCUAUCUAUCUAUCUAUACUUUCACUAAUCUUCUAUCUCCUAAAAUUCUAUUAAAUAAAUUGCGUCUUUUCUAUUUUUAUUUUCUUUCUAAUGUCGUUUCUUUUCAUUUCUGUUCCCUUUCUUUCUUUACCUUUCAUCUAUAUUUUCCUUAUAUUAAACGUCUUGUUUUUGCUCUCUCUCUCUCUCUCUCUCUCUCUCUCUCUCUCUCUCUCUCUUCAAUUCUUGCCACAUCCGCUUUUUCUCUCUUCCUCCGCAUUCAUGACCCUUUCUUCUUAUCGAUGUCUCUUUUUUAUUACUGUCUACAUUCCCCGUUAAUCUUCACUUGUUUAAUUUAUUCCUUAACAUUUUUUUUAUUUUCUCUCUCCCCUCUCGCUCUCUCUCUCUCUCUCUCUCUCUCUCUCUCUCUUUGUCUGUCUGUCUUUCUUUGUUUCUCAGAAAUUCCUUAUUUUCUUUCUAUUCAUAUCCCACUUUCCUUUUUCUUCGAAUUUGGCAACUGA